GAAAAUAUAGAGAGAGAGAGUGGGAGUUUCCGCGUAGACAGAUGAGACUGAGAAGAGACUGUUAAGAAGAAGAAAAGAAACAAAGGAAAAGAAAAAGCCUUCUUUGGUUUCGAUUUCUUAAAUCUGAACGAGUAGUAUAAUAAACGCUUUCUUUUCGACACCUAAGCAACAAGGAAAUCUGCUUCUUGCUUUCUUGACGAUUCACACCGGCUAUUCACACCACCCUCUCAUAAAUCUCUCUCUCUCUCUCGCUUUCUCUUUCCAUCUUUCUCUCUCUUCGAUCCAUUUCCGCGAGCAGAAUUAAAAUAUUACACUAGCUUUAGAUUUUUCUGGGUUAUUGUUAUGGAGGGUCAUCAUCAUCACCAUCACCAACAGCAGCAUCAUAUCGGCGUUAACGUUGACACGAGCGACAGAUUUCCUCAAUGGAGUCUCCAAGAAACGAAGGAGUUCUUGAUGAUCCGAGCAGAGCUGGAUCGAAAUUUCAUGGAAACAAAGAGGAACAAGAUUCUCUGGGAAGUCGUCGCCACAAAGAUGAAGGAAAAGGGUUUCAAUCGCAGCGCUGAGCAGUGCAAGUGCAAGUGGAAAAACCUCGUUACCCGUUAUAAGGGGUGUGAGACAAUGGAACCGGAAGCCACGCGGCAACAAUUCCCAUUUUACAAUGAACUUCAAGCGAUUUUCACUGCGCGGAUGCAGAUAAUGUUAUGGGCGGAAGCCGAAGGAGGGUCGAAAAAGAAGGCGGCGCAGCUGUCAUCGGACGACGAGGAGGACAACGAAGAAAGUGAGGGAGAGAAGGGUAGCAGUAGGAAGAAGCAGAUGACAAAAAAGGGGAAGAGUAAUAUUAUUGGAAGUAGCAGUGGUGGUGGUGGGAAUAAUAUGAACGGGUUGAAGGAGAUAUUAGAUGAGUUCAUGAAGCAACAGAUGCAAAUGGAGAUGCAAUGGAGGGAAGCGUUGGAGGCGAGGGAAAAUGAGAGGAGGUUGAAGGAGAUGGAGUGGAGGCGGACGAUGGAAGCGCUGGAAAGCGAGAGAAUAAUGAUGGAACAGAGGUGGAGAGAGAGGGAAGAGCAAAGGAGGAUGAGAGAGGAGGCUAGGGCUGAGAAGAGGGACGCUCUAAUCACAGCUCUUCUAAACAAGCUCAGGCGAGAGGGUAAUUAGACAACUCGAGCUAAAAAGCUGUUGACUAUCCAAGAACUUGUAUACAAUCAUUUUCAUUUUUCAAUGUGCUAGCUUCUAUUGAAUUUUUCAUUACUUGUAUAUAUCUUAAUUUGUAGCCAUUGUGUGCAAUUUCUCUAAUAUUAAUGACUC